UGUGAUUAGUUUCUUAAGCGAAGAAGAAGAAAUACACUUUGUUUAUACUCAUAUGUUGUUUUGGUUUUUUGUUAAUAAAUUUGGCUUUAAAUAUUAUAAAAAUGGUUUAUUGUUCUGUACCGGGUUGUGAAAAAUUCAAUAAAGACCAAAUUAAACGAUUUAUGUUCAGCUUUCCCAAAAGAAAAGAUUUAUUGGAAAAAUGGCUUGAAGCGAUACCUAGUUUAUCACAGCCUGUUAAAAGUUCUUGGCGAAUUUGCCAAUAUCAUUUUAAACCAGAAGAUAUUUUACAGGCAUUCAGUCAUACCAUUGGCGGAGAAGUCUACCUAAUCGAAAGGGAGAGACCGAGACUUAAACCGAAUGUAGUACCAACAAGAAAUCUACAAAUCAACAAAGACACAAACAACGAGCGGGAAGCUAAAUCGAAAAAGAAUCAUAUCCCACAUGUUUUGAAGCAAUCUAAAGAUACUGACGCUAUAAAUAAAAGAUGCAUUGAAGAAGUAAGCUUGGACGAUAACCAAGUUGUCGUACAUGAACAGAAAUGUAAAAGGUCAUGUAUACGCAAUGUUGUUGAAAUUCUAGAAGUUCAACAUGAACCAAACAUUGAAGAUAUUUUGCACAAAAACUCGGAAUUCCUAGAAGAGGACGCUGAGCAAUUUGAAACACAAAGUAUAGAAGACACUAAUAAUGAGUGUAACCAAAAUUUGGAUAUAGAUGAUGGAACUGAUAAUCUACAGGAUAAAGAAAAUAUCGUUGUGAAGAAUUUAAGUGACAAUAAAAACUGUUCCAAUCCCAUACCAGAGGUAGAAUCCUUUGACAACCUCUUUGAUAGUGUUUUUGAGGUAGUUUUGCCUUCAACGCUAUGGGGAGUUCAUCGCUCCCCACAUCAAAAGCGUAUAAUGUUCGUAUACAUAGAUGAAGAGCAAUUAAAUAUACAAAAAAUGUUGAUAGUGGAUGAUACCGGUGACCUCAAAAUGUAUUUAAUGACAAGGCUUAUACGCGAAGAGCAUUGGCCUGUUGACAUUUUAACGCCAGAACGUAUAUCAGAUAUGCUUGCAGAGUUAGAGUCCAUGCAAAUAUGUCUCGGUGCAAAUGUGUCUGAAAUAUGUGAAGUGCUGCUUACAGAUGUUAAUAGCGAUGAGCAAACAACGCAAAGAUUAUGCAAAAAGUGCUGUUAAAACUUUAUUUAUAAGCUUAAAGGCAUAGAAAUAUAUUAUUUCCGUGAAAGUUCAAAAUUAUAAUAAUAACAGGAAUAUAAUUAUGUAUAUGAAACACAAAUUUUAUGUAAAAAUAAACCCACGUUAUUAUUGUUCAAAA